CUUUUAUUGUGCAACAAGUUUUUAUCAGUGUUAACAAAUAUUUAAUAUUCAAAAUUACUGUAUAUUUCAAAAAAUAUAUCACAACAAUUCCAAUAAACAAUGCCAUAUUAACUUAGUAAAAUUUCAUUUUAAUCAACAUCAACGCUAAUUAAAAAUAUGCUUGCGAUAAAUUGUGAUUGCAUUGUAAAUUUUACAUAAUUUAGUGAUAUAAAAAAUUAAGAAUCAAUCCACACAAAUAAAAAGGAGUACAAUCAAUUUCUAUGCAAGCCAAAAAUUAAUAUAUACUGAAAAUAAACUUUUGUGCACUUAGGAUAAAAGUAAAAAAAAGUAAAACACAAAACAAAAAUAUAGACUGGUCACAUUAGUUUAAUGUAGGAACUCCAAAAUUAAACCUUCUAAGCUUUCACAUUCUGUAUUUUUGGCUUCCCUUGGUUUCAUCAAUACCUCUUUGAAUCUCCUAUAUUUGUUCUCUUAACUAUCUCAUGUUUCAUCUCACCUCCACGAUUCCAUUUAUGACAUAAUGACUUUGUAUCACAUCUCUCUCUUCCCCCUCUAACAAGUUCUUCCAAUUUUGUACUUUUCUGACCAAUUUUGCAAAUCAUAUUCGUGAAUAUUUUGUGAAUGUAAAUAAAAUAUUGUUUCUUAUUUACUCGAGCUUUGUCUUCGUACAACUUUUUCUCUUUUUUACUUUUUGUGACUAAAUUUCUUAGCUUUCUUUAUUAUUAUAGAUAUUUUCUCACUGCUUAUUCCCGAGGCGAACUUGAUCUCAUUCUCUUCCUUCUCUUUCUUGCAAAUCCACCUCCGUCUUAAUAUCCUCCAUCUUUUCUCUGCCACGGUGUGUAUACCUGGCCAAUUGAUAUAUCAUGGAUUUUACCCAUUUUUAGCUAUGGUAUAUAGAUGUUUUAGGAACUUUUUAUUAUGUUUUUGAGUCUUUUUAGCACAUUUACAGGUUCAGGAGUGUUAUGGAGGAAAAUGAUGAUUUGGGUGCAUUUUAGAGAUAAAAGGAGAGGAAGCUCGUAGUUGACCAUCGAACUUGUGUGAAAGUCGACGAUCAGAGAUAAACAUUGAUCCACGCACAUCCUUUGCCGUCGAUCGAUAUCAAAGCGCGCAAAACCCAGCUAGGUUUCCAGCCGGCCUAAAUCCCAAGUCAUGACAUAUUUACAUAAAUAGCCCUGGCCGACUUUUAACCUAAUAUUUAUGUGCUCUGCCAUUGUUCUUGGCAAUAUACGCUUUCUUAUUUUCUACUUUACACAGCAAACAAAACUUAUGGAUCAAAUCAAUAGACACUGAGAUUACACAAUAGAUUUGUAGUUUUUGAAGUAAAGCUAAACGAUUAUUGUUGGGGUCAAAAUCGAUCACGAUGGAAUCAAUGCACGAGGAAUCCCGAAAAGUAUCUCUUGUAACAAGAAGUUUCGUAUAAGUCCUCAAAAAGAAAUGACAAGUUCUAAGAACGGAAAAAUCCAAUCUCUUCGUAGCCUUGGGGAAACAAACUACGAAGCAUGGAGAAUGCCUUACCAGCGUCUUAACGUCCAUCAAAGAAAGCCAAGGUACAUCCCGUCCCAGCGUCCUCUCCCGUCCCGUCCCGAUGCAUCUGGAUGCUCCAAGCGUCCUGGCCGUCCUCAUCGCCGUAACCUAACCGUUUCCAGCCCACUACUCAUUAGAGAAAUCCAAAAUCACCACCAAUUAUCUCAUUUAAGAGCUUAAGGUGCAGUCUCAUCGAUGGGGUAUUGACCUCAGAAUACCUGAACACUUAAACAUUCAGGUUUCUAAUCAAAGUUGAAAGCUUUAGAUUUUUUCCGCAUUUAAAAAGGUAUGUAAAGGGGUUAUAAACCCUUCUUGACCGAAAAAACCAGAUCGCUGUAGUGGUCAAAACAAGAAAAACCAGAAAAAAAAAAGUGUGGUGAACGCAUCUGUUACUAUGCAAAAGAAGUGAAAAGAGUAACUAAAAAAAUAGUCAAAGAAAUCGCAUUCAAAGUCAUUUUCUUCAUGAUUUGAUUCUACAGGUUUUUGCAUAUAUUAGAGGAAAGAAUUAAAAAUAUUUUUCUAAUUUAAAAUAAUAUAUUUUCUAAAAAAAUUGUCAAUUCAGGAUUUCAAAAUAAAACCAUAAUUUUGUGAGUUUAGACAUAAAAUUUUAAUGAAAUACUAUGAAAUCAUAUAAAAUACAACUAUAAUCAUUAUAAAUGAUAUAUUUUAUAUUGUUAUAAGAAAAACUGGAUAGAUAACUAACAUAAGAAAGUACAGAUAAGUUUAACAUAACUGAUUCGGUUUAUAUACGUUAAAACAGAGAAACAACAAAAAAAAAAUAAAACAAACUGUUAAAAUAGUCAUCAUUAACUUUCUAUAUAAAUUACCAAGAGAUUACCAAAAAAUCAUCAUUUCACGAUCAAAAUUAGACUAAACUAUAUUAGAAUUUCAUAUUUGUUCUAAUAAUAUACAUUAUGACGACUCAAACUAUUAAAAAAUCAUACAUUAUUUUCAUGAUUGUAGCUAUAUAUACAGUGAUGUUUUCGGCACAAAAUUGUCUUUCAACCAAUGUUGAAAAAUGUGUCAAACACUGCAUCCCAAAUCAGUGCAUGAAAGUAGCCAAAAAAGCAGAUAUGUCUAUUUGUGAAGAAGCUUGCAAAAAGUUUUGCAACAAACAUGUAACAAGUCAUGAAGAAUAUGCUGUUCCUAUAACCGAUGGUGGUUUCUUUUGCACCCAUAUUUGGAAUUGUCUUUCGUAACUAUUUUCAAAUUUAAAAGUUACAAUUGUAUUCUUUGUUUUAGCAUGUUAAAUAUAUAUAUAUAUAUAUAUAUGUACAAUCGAUAUUUCUGUUUGUUUUAUCUGACGCAUAUUAUAUAUAUAUAUAUAUACUUUUAUUGUGCAACAAGUUUUUAUCAGUGUUAACAAAUAUUUAAUAUUCAAAAUUACUGUAUAUUUCAAAAAAUAUAUCACAACAAUUCCAAUUAACAAUGCCAUAUUAACUUAGUAAAAUUUCAUUUUAAUCAACAUCAACGCUAAUUAAAAAUAUGCUAGCGAUAAAUGGUGAUUGCAUUGUAAAUUUUACAUAAUUUAGUGAUAUAAAAAAUUAAGAAUCAAUCCACCCAAAUAAAAAUGAGUACAAUCAAUUUCAAUGCAAGCCAAAAAUUAAUAUAUAGUGAAAAUAAACUUUUGUGCACUUAGGAUAAAAGUAAAAAAAGUAAAACACAAAACAAAAAUAUAGACUGGUCACAUUAGUUUAAUGUAGGAACUCCAAAAUUAAAUCUUCUAAGCUUUCACAUUCUGUAUUUUUGGCUUCCCUUGGUUUCAUCUAUACCUCUUUGAAUCUCCUAUAUUUGUUCUCUUAACUAUCUCAAGUUUCAUCUCACCUCCACGAUUCCAUUUAUGACAUAAUGACUUUGUAUCACAUCUCUCUCUUCCCCCUCUAACAAGUUCUUCCAAUUUUGUACUUUUCUGACCAAUUUUGCUAAUCAUAUUCGUGAAUAUUUUGUGAAUGUAAAUAAAAUUUUGUUUCUUGUUUACUUGAGCUUUGUCUUCGUACAACUUUUUCUCUUUUUUACUUUUUGUGACUAAAUUUCUUAGCUUUCUUUAUUAUUAUAGAUAUUUUCUCACUGCUUAUUCCUGAGGCGAACUUGAUCUCAUUCUCUUCCUUCUCUCUCUUGCAAAUCCACCUCCGUCUUAAUAUCCUCCAUCUUUUCUCUGCCACGGUGUGUAUACCUGGCCAAUUGAUAUAUCAUGGAUUUUACCCAUUCUUAGCUAUGGUAUAUAGAUGUUUUAGGAACUAUUUAUUAUGUUUUUGAGUCUUUUUAGCACAUUUACAGGUUCAGGAGUGUUAUGGAGGAAAAUGAUGAUUUGGGUGCAUUUUAGAGAUAAAAGGAGAGGAAGCUCGUAGUUGACCAUCGAACUUGUGUGAAAGUCGACGAUCAGAGAUAAACAUUGAUCCACGCACAUCCUUUGCCGUCGAUCGAUAUCAAAGCGCGCAAAACCCAGCUAGGUUUCCAGCCGGCCUAAAUCCCAAGUCAUGACAUAUUUACAUAAAUAGCCCUGGCCGACUUUUAACCUAAUAUUUAUGUGCUCUGCCAUUGUUCUUGGCAAUACACGCUUUCUUAUUUUCUACUUUACACAGCAAACAAAACUUAUGGAUCAAAUCAAUAGACACUGAGAUUACACAAUAGAUUUGUAGUUUUUGAAGUAAAGCUAGACGAUUAUUGUUGGGGUCAAAAUCGAUCACGAUGGAAUCAAUGCACGAGGAAUCCCGAAAAGUAUCUCUUGUAACAAGAAGUUUCGUAUAAGUCCUCAAAAAUAAAUGACAAGUUCUAAGAACGGAAAAAUCCAAUCUCUUCGUAGCCUUGGGGAAAUAAACUACAAAGCAUGGAGAAUGCCUUACCAGCGUCUUAACGUCCAUCAAAGAAAGCCAAGGUACAUCCCGUCCCAGCGUCCUCUCCCGUCCCGUCCCGAUGCAUCUGGAUGCUCCAAGCGUCCUGGCCGUCCUCAUCGCCCUAACCUAACCGUUUCCAGCCCACUACUCAUUAGAGAAAUCCAAAAUCACCACCAAUUAUCUCAUUUAAGAGCUUAAGGUGCAGUCUCAUCGAUGGGGUAUUGACCUCAGAAUACCUGAACACUUAAACAUUCCGGUUUCUAAUCAAAGUUGAAAGCUUUAGAUUCUUUCCGCAUUAAAAAAGGUAUGUAAAGGGGUUAUAAACCCUUCUUGACCGAAAAACCAGAUCGCUGUAGUGAUCAAAAAAAGAAAAACCAGAAAAAAAAAGAAAGUGUGGUGAACGCAUCUAUUACUAUGCAAAAGAAGUGAAAAGAGUAACUAAAAAAAUAGUUAAAGAAAUCGCAUUCAAAGCCAUUUUCUUCAUGAUUUGAUUCUACAGGUUUUUGCAUAUAUUAGAGGAAAGAAUUAAAAAUAUUUUUCUAAUUUAAAAUAAUAUAUUUUCUAAAAAAAAUGUCAAUUCAGGAUUUCAAAAUAAAACCAUAAUUUUGUGAGUUUAGACAUAAAACUUUAAUGAAAUACUAUGAAAUCAUAUAAAAUACAACUAUAAUCAUUAUAAAUGAUAUAUUUUAUAUUGUUAUAAGAAAAACUGGAUAGAUAACUAACAGAAGAAAGUACAGAUAAAUUUAACAUAACUGAUUCGGUUUAUAUACGUUAAAACAGAGAAACAACAAAAAAAAAAUAAAACAAACUGUUAAAAUAGUCAUCAUUAACUUUCUAUAUAAAUUACCAAGAGAUUACCAAAAAAUCAUCAUUUCACGAUCAACGAUCAAAAUCAGACUAAAUUAUAUUAGAAUUUCAUAUUUGUUCUAAUAAUAUACAUUAUGACGACUCAAACUUUUAAAAAAUCAUGCAUUAUUUUCAUGAUUGUAGCUAUAUAUACAGUGAUGUUUUCGGCGCAAAAUUGUCUUUCAACCAAUGUUGAAAAAUGUGUCAAACACUGCAUCCCAAAUCAGUGCAUGAAAGUAGCCAAAAAACCAGAUAUGUCUAUUUGUGAAGAAGCUUGCAAAAAGUUUUGCAACAAACAUGUAACAAGUCAUGAAGCAUAUGCUGUUCCUAUAACCGAUGGUGGUUUCUUUUGCACCCAUAUUUGGAAUUGUCUUUCGUAA